CCGAGGCAAGGGAUCCAGGACUUCUCGUCCUUGAUCUUUCAGACAAAACUGUUCUCUUAGUCCAGAUCCCAGCAGCAUCGCUAGCCAUGGAGAAGCUACUAUGGUGCUUUCUGACCAUGAUCAGCUUCUCUCAGGCUUUUGGCCAUGAAGACAUGUCUAAAGCGGCCUUCGUAUUUCCAAAAGAGUCAGGUAUCUAUGUGUCUCUGGAAGCAGAGUCAAAGAAGCCACUGAAUGCCUUCACUGUGUGUCUCCAUUUCUACACUGCUCUGAGCACAGUCCGAAGCUUCGGUAUCUUCUCUUAUGCUACCAGGAAGAGCUCUAACGACAUUCUCAUAUUUUGGACUAAGGAUAACGGGUAUCAUUUUGGAGUGGGUGGGCCUGAGGUACUAUUCACGGUUUCAGAAAUCCCUCAGGCUCCAACACACAUCUGUGCCAGCUGGGAGUCUGCUACAGGGAUUGCAGAGCUCUGGAUUGAUGGGAAACCCAAGGUGCGGCAAAGUCUGAACAAGGGCUACACUGUGUGGACAGAUGCAAGCAUCAUCUUGGGGCAGGAGCAGGACUCGUAUGGGGGUAGCUUUGAUGCAAAGCAGUCUUUUGUGGGAGACAUCGGAGAUGUGAACAUGUGGGACUUUGUGCUAUCUCCAGAACAGAUCAAGACAGUCUAUGUUGGUGGGACACUCAGCCCCAAUGUUUUGAACUGGCGUUCGCUGAAGUACAAAACAGAAGGUGAUGUGUUUAUCAAGCCGCAGCUGUUUCUGACCUACUGUUGUGAGCCCUGAGGCGCCUCCUGGGAUUACAUUCUCUCCCUUGUCUCGGUUAUGAACCUUUUAACCCCAGCAGAUGUUGUAGGUCUGUUCUGUGAAUGUGGCCUUUCACUUCUCUGCUCUGCGAUCCUCAGCACUAGAGCAUGGAAUUUAAAUGUAAGGCUUCCAGCAUAUGCACCCCACUAGGACUCUUUAUCAAAGAGAAUCUGACUUAUCCAUGUAUAUGUGUGUUUGUAUGUAUGUAUAUUAUAUAUAUAUUUAAUUGAAAAAAAUUUAGACAUAAUCCUUCUCCCUCACAUAGAUGAGAAAACAGAUGCACAGAAAGGAGAAUAAUUUUUUAUUGUUUUUGUUUUAGAAUGUCGUAUUGAAUGCUGUGUUUAUAUCCUUUCUAUCCUUCCUUCUCCAAAUCCUCCCCUCUUCUCCCCAAUUCUCUCUCAAAUUCAUGAUGUCUUCUUAUUAUUAGCCUUAUAUGCAUAUACCCAUACAUAUAAUAUCUAUCUAUCUGUUUGUCUGUCUGUCUAUCUAUCAAUCAUCUAUUUAUCAGUCAUCCAUCUUACUGAUUAUAUUUAGUGUUACUUGUAUUUUGUUGAAGACUUGGAGACUAGAUAAUCUAUCAGGAGGUCCAUUCCCAAAGAAAACUGAUUGUCCUUUUCUCAGCAGCCACUGAUUACCCCUGGCUCUUCAUAUAUAGUUGUGGCUUUGUGAAAUCUCUUCUGUCCAUGUUGCAGGUCAACUAGUGUCAUUAUGAAGGUCUUGUUUGGGCAACCCAGAGUGAUGGAGCACUGACUUCACUGUGUUCAGAAUCAGUCCUUGUCUGGAAUAAAAUCUGUACCUGAACUUCUUGGGCCCAUAAGUCAAUAAAGUCACCUUUGUCUUGAAUGGAUUUGAGUAGUUUCAUGACAACUUCAUUAUUGACCCUCUAAAAUCAAGACUCUAAGUUCAGGCAGACUGUCACUGUCUUGCAGAGUUAUAUCUGAGCCAACCUACCUCUGCUGCUGGGAUCUUUUGUGAUGAGUCUCUCUGAGGUGAACAGCUCUAUUUUGGAGCUAGCUAGUCAUGGGGUUCAGGUGUGGGGUUCUGAUACUCCCUCUUUUAGAAUUGCAGUUUGAGGACAAAAAUCUAAAGAUCUUUGAGAUUCAUAAAUCUGUAGUCAAAUCCAGUGAUAGAAUACAUUUGCUUCAGUCUGUUUGGCUGCUUUAUAGAAACAGACCCCUCAAUGUUGCUGGCUUUACCUAGAGGUAUCCUUUAUCAUUGUCUUUCCAGACUGGGUAAACAAUGAAGUCAUUCCAUAAGGCCUUAUUGGAGAGUGGUUUAUUCAAUAAUUAUUUUA